AUGUCCUCAGUGCAGGAGGCCGGCGGCCAUUUUCUUGUAGACCAGUCCGGCAGCUGCAUUAGCAAUAGGAUCCCUGGCCGUGCAGUGACGUCAGGAGCGGCGGCCAUUUUCCCCUGGUCUGAGCUCCGCCUUCCUUCCUUCAUUCCCGCGAGGCAGCAGGAGCAGAGAGCAGCCAUUGCUGUGUCUGGCAGCAGACAAUCCAGCUGUGAGGAGCGAGAGGUGUUAUUACAAGGAGCACUCAGAAUGGAAAAGGACAAGAAUCACAAGACUGAUUUGAUAAUAAAUCUCACUCUGGAAAUCCUCUACCUGCUGACUGGGGAGGGUUACACAGUAGUGAAGAAGACAUCCAAUGAGUGUGAGUCACCCAUCAGCCAUCUCUGUGUGUCAGGAGGACUGAGGAGGACCCAGAGCCCCAUCACAGUUCCUCUACCUCACUCACUAAUACAUGAGAGACACAAUGACCAGAAGAUCCUGAAACUCGCCAACAAAAUCAUUCAGCUGCUGACUGGAGAGGAGGGGGAUUAUAUAGAGGAACACAGGGGUCUGUACAAGGACGUGAUGAUGGAGAAUCACCGGCCCCUCACAUCACUGGAUGGGCCCAGUAACAGAGAUACCCCAGAGAGAUGUCCCCGUCCUCUGUAUUCCCAGGAUUGUACAGAGCAGAAUCACAGGACCCCACAGGAGGAUCAGAGGGAACAGCUGACUGAUAUGAAGAUAAAUGAUAUAGACAGAGAAGAAGAGACGUAUGUGACUGAUAUGAAGGCAGAAGAUAUAGAGGGAGAAGAAAAGACGUAUGUGAGGGGUGAUCAGCAGUGUAAGGAGGAGGACAUCCCUACAGACAUCAGGACAGUUCUGUACUUGGCUUUGGUGGAAGGGACAUCAGAGUCUUGUCCUGGAAACGAGGAGUACACGACAUGUCCAGGCUGUGAACCUACCUGUGAGAUCAAAAACCCCAUGUGUGUUCAAGCUUGCAUCGGACCCGGACAAUGUCAAUGCAAGAAGGAUUUUGUUCGUGACAGUAAAACUAAACUCUGCAUACGUGUGGGAGAAUGUCCCUGAGCGUGCCCAGCACAGGACACACACGCCAUGACACAGAUAUACAUGCAUGCUGCCAUAUCAUGUAUGCUCUCUCCAUAUUCUAAUAAAGGUGGGAUCAUUGC